AUGGAGCACCUUGCCCGUGUUGUUGACGCGUUCAAAAUUGUAUUUGAAUUAUGUGUACUACUUAAAUGUAAAGUUCCAAAAACAUCUCGACUACAAACGAAUACAGCCCCUCAAAGCGUCUCCAAAAAUCGCAAUUCGUCCUUAUGCCAAAGCCCACAAGUCUUCUGCUCUCGGACAGUUGCAACUGCCACUUUCCCACGCGUGUGCUGCCAGAAGGUUGGCAAAGCUGAAGCCAUGUUCCACGGAGGGGUACGCGACAUCCUAUUAAGCAACGAAGUGUACGGGCUGGAGAGAUACGAACGCAUGGCGGUAUUAGCCAAAGUAGGAGCCAUGAUCAGUCUCAUUUUCGACAACAUUGAGACUGUACAGAAAGCAGCACAAGUGGCAGAGGCCCAAGGCGUUCACUUCCGAGCUUUGGUGGAAGUGAAGGUGGGCCAGGAUCGAUGUGGCGUUGAUAUGGUAGAAGAGGCCGUGGAAUUGGCCAAACAGAUAGAGAGCUAUGCUCCGAGGCUGCAGAUGGUGGGCAUUCAGGCGUAUCACGGCGCUGCCCAACAUAUUCGAAGCUACGACGAGAAGAAGACGGUGAUUGCAGGCGUCGUGGAGAAGGCCAAGAGUGUGAGAGACGCGCUAGUGACGGAAGGAGUGAAGUGUAACGUGGUUACUGGAGGAGGGACUGGGACGUAUUUACUAGAAGCUUCGAGCGGGGUUUUCACAGAGUUGCAGCCUGGCUCGUACUUGUUCAAUGACGCCGACUAUGCCAGGAACUUGGGAGAAGACGGAGAGGUUGUCAGAGACUGGGAACAGAGUUUGCAUGUAUUGACGACGGUAAUGAGCAAGAAUGGGAAUGCUGCCGUGCCGCGUGUAGUGGUGGAUGCAGGCACAAAGGCAGUGUCACUAGACUCGGGGUCGCCAGCAGUACACACGAUGGUCGAUGGGGAGAAAGUGCCGACUCCGUUAGAGUAUCACGGAGGAGACGAUGAGCAUGGAAUUCUAAAGCCAGCGCAGAACGUCGCAGCUGCGAAGAGAGUCGAACUUCCCGCUCUGGGCAGCAAAGUGCUGCUUGUUCCGGGCCAUUGUGAUCCCACUACAAACAUUUACGACUAUCUCGUUGGAUACCGCGGAGAUCUCGUUGAACAUGUUUGGGAGAUAGAAGCUCGUGGCCCAGGUAACUAGUACCUAUACGUGUAUUAACCUAUACGACUGCCAGAUUAACAGGACGUAAGUGCUGAACGAAACU